AUGGAACAAAUACGCAAAUUCGGUUUGGGCUAUUGCGACUUACCCACGAUGCUUUGGAACGUAUCCGUCAUGUUGAGAGUCCUUACGCUGAAUAUCGACAAGCGAAACACUAAACGCUUAGACCCAAUAUUUGAAAGCCCCAAUUAUGAAAUAGCUUUUCUACUGACUACUGCUGGAAUCGUUGUUACUGUCUACUUACCAUCUAAUAUAACCGCUUUUUUAAUAAUAAUUACGGGGUAUAUAGAAGCCCAAAUUCUCGCUUUAAGCCAAGAAAUAUUAGACAUCUGGAAUGAUGCUGAAAAACUAAAUAAUACUGAAAUUUUACUUGAUGAUGAGCAAUUUGAACAUCAAGAAAAAACUAGAAAAGCAAAGAUAAAUAAUUUCGUAAGAAACCGUUUGAAGGAAAUUGUAAAAAUUCAUAUAGUUAAUAUAAAUCUUUUACAUCAAAUAGAAUUAGCAUUUCGUGGAGCGAUCGCAGUAGAAUUUACUUUACUUAGUGUAAGUUUAACAGCAGUUCUUCUAGGAGGCUUGGAGAAUACAUACAUGCAAAUACCGUUUGGAUUAAUGCAAGUGGCUGUAGACUGCUUUACUGGUCAAAGAGUUAUUGAUGCUUGUGUAAACUUUGAAAAAGCUGUAUAUUUUUGCAAAUGGGAAAACUUUGAUAAUGAAAAUAUGAAAACGAUUUUCUUGAUACUACAAAUAUCACAGAAGACUCUGACAAUGUCAGCAGGUCGGGCCAAGUUAGUUAUUAAGUUUUUCUGUCAAGAAAUUCUCAGUGACCACGCGAAGUUGGGAAGUUUCCGAUGUUGCACCCCCGUGCCUCAACGAGCACAUAAAGCCGUCGAUCCUGCGCCUGAUCUCUCACAGGUCGUGUCGAGUACUCGUCCCAUCGGAGUA